GGCCGUUUUAUCGGCCAUAGUAACGUGCUUGUUGCUUGUGGUGCAAGCAUCAAGGUCGAUCACUAUGAGGUUUUCAGCAGCCAUUUCUACCGGAAUACAGAACGAAGAUCGAGAUCGGGGUUAACCAUGGCUAAGGCAAUCACACAUGCUGAUCUUGCACCAGCUCCGCGAGCCACUGAUUUGGGCAGCAAAACGGCUGCCUUCUUAAUAGUCCUCACCAUUCUCUCCGGCCUUUUCUGCUGCGUUCUUUGUCUCAUUGCCGAAGCCACCCGUUCUCAGGUGGUGGCCACGAAUGGUAAAAGAAAUGGUGAGAAUUAUGAAUGUGUAUACAGUGGAAGUGGCAAAACACCAUUGUUAUGUGCCGCCAUAGCGUUCGUCGGACUGGCGGCGGCGAUGGUGGUUGAACAUUUGUUUCUGUUGAUUGCAAUCAGUAAAUCACCUCCUCCGGCUUUACUUUCUUGGGAUCCCAAUUCUCCUCUCGCCAGGACUAUAACUUGGCAAUCUGGAUUUUUCUUUGUUGCAACUUGGGUAUGUUUUGCAGUGAGUGAAAUCUUGCUGUUGAUCGGAGUAAGUGUAGAAUCAGGGCAUUUAAAAAAUUGGUUUAAACCAAAACCAAGCUGCCUCAUAAUCAAACAAGGUGUAUUUUGUGCUGCCGGAGUUUUAUCAUUAGUCACGGUGUUUCUUGCAGCUGGCUUAUACUUAACUGCAUUGCGUGCACAAAAACUUUCUCAACAACACGAAAAUAUCCGGCGACAGAUUCUUGAAGUCUCCGCCCUCUACGCGUCGCCGCCGCGGUCUCCGCCGCACCAACUCAACGCUGCUGCAAGAGAAAAUCCUGUUUCCAUUGAAAAUCAAAUUGUGCAGCCUUCAAUAUUAGACUCUGUAGAAUUUAGAAAGUACUUGAGUUUAGUGUAAAGCAACAAAAUAUUAAUAUUUUUCCACCGAUUUGUAUGCUGAAAGGUAUAUAAAUACAUUUAUACAUGUACAUAUACAAGUAAAUAUAACUGAUUUGAUUUUGUGAUUUCAA